AUUCACGGACAGUUCUAUCAUCUGUAGCUUUAAUAUGAUUAUGAUUUCGAUAAACCCAAGGCAACUCGUAGUUUAAUCUGCUCACCUUCCUGACCAGGAGUUUCGGAAAGUCCCGUCCAAUCUACUCUAGUCCAGCUUGGAACCGUUCUUCGUUUAUCUUUCACAACAUUGUUCUCGGGGAGAACUUUAUACCAAAUCUGCAGUGUUGCUCCUAUCCUCAGCGUCGUAUUCGAGGACUAGAGUCAUGUCGUUGAGUCGCAUAACUAAAUGCUCAAAGUGUCACGUUUACUGCUUUCAGCGCCAGAGCAUAAGUACAUGAGCCUGGCAUGUCCUUCGUCCAACAUCCCUUCUCGGUAUCUACUGUAUAUCGAGUCUAUGCACAAUCCCUCCAACUACAUGAAUGCUGACGUGCUAUUCCAGUCACGCGCUCAGUGGAAGCUUAUCUCUGCAAAUAUUUCCAUCACCAAGUCUAGUAAUGUUAGGACCAAGCGUGGAACCAUCACUUGAUAGCGAGCGUCAUGAUACCGAGUAUCCGGCCUUAUCACUGUGCGGAGCAUGGGCUGAAAUACUCCAAGGUUUGGGGGAGCAUUGACGACUCUCGUACUCCCUAACUUGCCGUCACACAGCUGAGACCACCUUGUGGACCUCGGGGAUACUAAGAGAACGUCAGCAUGAGUAGCCGGUCAUCCGAUGUUGAAGGUCGAGUAGCGACUGGCACCACUGUAUCAGCUGUAGGGGAUGCCGACGAAGUCGAGUUGGCAAGGAUGGGUUACAAACAGGAGUUGAAACGGGAUCUUGGACUACUGCAAAAUUUUGGCGUGUCCUUCUCCAUCAUCAGUGUGAUCACCGGCGUACCUUCUCUCUUUCUUUUCGGGCUUAAUACCGGCGGGCCCGCAGUCAUGGUAUGGGGUUGGAUUGUGGUCGCCACCUUUACAAUGUUGGUUGGACUCGCCAUGGCUGAGGUCUGCAGUGCCCACCCAACGAGCGGAGGACCUUACUUCUGGGCCGCUAUGCUAUCGAAACCCCAACACGCCGCCUUCGCCUCUUGGGUGACGGGUUGGUUUAACCUCCUCGGUCAAGUCGCUGUAACUACUGGUAUUAGUUUCGCAGUUGCCAACUUUAUCUCGACUGUCGCGACAUUCCAAACUGACUACACGCCCACUCCUGGAACAACUAUUGGAACCUACGCAGCAGUCCUUGUCGCACAAGGUCUUAUCAAUACCUUCGGCGUCCACCUCCUGCGUUAUUUGAAUAACAUAUCCGUUUGGUGGCAUGCUGUUGGUACCACGGCAUUGGUUAUCGCUAUCCUUGCCGCUGCACCGUCGCAUCAAUCGGCGAAGUUCGUCUUCCAGACGUUCAUUGAUAACACAGGUGCAGAUGGGGUUGGCUGGAGCCAACGAGCUAGUCCGGCGUAUGUGGUAGUCAUUGGGAUCCUCAUGGCACAAUAUACUCUGACAGGUUUUGACGCAAGCGCACAUAUGACCGAAGAGACGCAUAACGCUGCAGUUUCAGGUCCGAUUGGUAUCGUUAUGGCCAUUGGCGUCUCAGCCGUGCUAGGAUGGUUUCUUAUCCUCGGUUUGUUGUUCUCCAUACAAGACUUAGACAGUACUGUCGCAAGUCCAACUGGUCAGCCAGUUGCCCAGAUCUUCCUGGACACAGUAGGAGAGAAGGGCGCGAUCGUUUUGAUGGUGAUUGUCAUUGGUUCAAUGUUCUUCUGCGGGACCUUCUCCAUCACUUCCAACAGCCGUAUGAUGUAUGCUUUUGCACGAGAUGGUGGCAUACCCGGCCACAAAUUCUUCCACAAGGUUGAUAUGAAGCGAAAAUCUCCCGUCCGCACUGUAUGGCUCGCGUGCACUUUGAGCUUUCUCUUAGCUCUUCCGAGUCUAGGCAGCGAAGUCGCCUUUGCCGCAGCGACAUCAAUAGCUACAAUCGGCCUCUACAUUUCGUAUGCCAUUCCGAUCUUUCUUCGAGUCCUCAAUCGGGCAUCAUUUAAACGAGGUCCGUUCCACCUGGGUCCAUUUUCCUACCCUGUGGCACUGCUGGCUGUCGUUUGGAUCGGCUUCAUUAGUAUCGCUUUCAUCCUUCCUCAGGAGAACCCAGUCAACAGCCAAACGCUCAAUUAUGCCAUCGUCGCCGUUGGUAUCGUCGUCACUUACAGUUUGGGCUUCUGGUUCUUGAGUGCGAGGAAAUGGUUUACUGGGCCUGUGAACCAGAUUGCUGGUAUGUCGUUCACUACUGUCAUUCAGUCCACUAGAAGUCUUAACAUCUGUGCAGCAGAAAGCAUGGGUAUCGAUGUUACUAAUCCUGGCGAACUAGAAAGAAUAGAAAGAGUUGAGAGCGAGAAAGAGAAGAUGUAGUCCAGUUUCCAUAUGUCAUGUUGAUCCGCCCACAUGCAACAGUUAUUUUACAAUAGCUACUGCAAUCAUAGAGCAUACGGAAGUCAAAGGCUGCGAUCAUGAAGUCUGGAAGCUUCCCUGAUUGAUAGUAAGUUAC